AUACAUACAUAGCCUAAGCCAAGCAAAGCAAAGCCAACACGUAGUUUGUUGUUUGUUUUCCGUCUUCCUGAGUAAGAAGUAAGAAGCACAACAACAAAAUACUAUCACAGACUAGAUUAUAUAAACGAUUGUUGACCUUCUGCUGCGGCGUCGUUUUCUAUUGAUGGGAUUUUUCAGAAAACUAGGUGAAUUGUUAGGGUUUUCUAAGGAAAACGUCCACGAUCACGAUUCCAAAGAUGAACCUAACGAUGAACCCUCCGCUCAACCUCGUCCCCCACACUUUCGCGUCAAAGAAACCGGCCUUCCUCGUAGAGGUUUUAGCGUCCCUGCCCAGGUUGUUAUCGAUCGUCCUCAACUUGCUCCCGUUCUCUCUCCUUCUACCUCCGGCCACGGCGGAGUUCAGGGUAUGGGGUGGUAUGCAAAGCAUCUUAGGAUAGAUAAAGAUGGAGAUGUAGCAAAUAAAUUCCUUGAUGAGGUUUCUUCAGAUACGCUUGCAUUGUCCGCUGAUCAUCAUAAAGCACCAGCAAGGUUUAAACUGAAGCAUGACACUAGGCCAGUCAAAGUGAAGAAACAGGUCCUAUCAUCGGAUGGGAAAAUUCAGCAGUGUGUGGAACACCAGGGUAGAUUGCAAUGGGUAUAAAUAAUCUUUUAGAAAUUGAUCUGGCUAUUCAUUCGUUGAACUUUGAUUGUUGUGCAUACGGUUGGAACCAGUAGUUGAAACGCUAAUUUUAUCACCGAGCCUUACUUUAUGGUUACUUUUUUUUCCCUCUUUGUUUACGUCUUCACAGUUUCACUAGUAUGAAUAUGCCUGGGAUUUGCUUCAUUUGGGAAAAGUAUGUUGGAGUUAAAUGUACUACAAUUUAUUUAACGAGGAUGCUCAUCUCACCCCCAAUAAAUGCGGUGAUUUCCCAGAUCCCACAAUCCGGUAGUGUUUUUUACGCACUUGAGUAAAUAUCGGAGGUGGAUGCACAAUUACCUCUAUUAAAAAGCAAGUCUACCCUACAAAUGAGAUAAGGAACCUCAAUUCUAAGCUAUAUUACGGAAUCUGGGUUAAGUUGUUAGGUCUGGCGGUUGAUAUUUUUUUGGUACAGACAUUGAAUGAUGUAAAAGGGUGUGUAUUUGGUGAGCAGGACCAUGUAUAAGAAGAUUUAUGAUGCA